AUGGCUUCUGAUAUGUCUCCCAGGUCUGCACUGAUUGUGGUAGACAUGCAAGAAGACUUCUGUCACCCGAAUGGCUCACUAGCUGUCCAAGGCGGCAGAGAAAUAUCAUCAACCAUCAAUGCCCUCCUAUCUAAGCCAGGGUUCGAUAUGCGAAUCGCAACUCAAGAUUAUCACCCAAGUGACCAUAUCUCUUUUGCCAGCAACCACCCAGAACCAAACAACAAGCCCUUCAUAUCCACCAUCAAAAUGCAAAACCCAGCGCCAGGCAAAGAAUCAGAGGUCAAAGAUCAGCAGCUCUGGCCUGUUCACUGCGUGGCAGAUACAUUUGGCGCAGAGAUAAUCCCCGAGAUCGAGCUCAGACGGGUCAAUUUUGCUGUUCAGAAGGGUAUGCACUCUCUGGUUGAGAUGUAUUCUGUCUUUGCGGAUGCGUUUGGAAAUCGCGAUCCCGUCAUCAAUAGGCAAUCUGUUCGAAUGGACGUGGCGGCAGCUCUGACGCUGAUGGGUAUUAAUCAUGUUUUUGUGGUUGGUCUUGCUGGGGAUUACUGCGUCAAGCAUACUGCGAUGGAUGCUGUCAAGGCUGGCUUUAAGACUUGGGUUAUUGAGGAAGCUACUCGGUGUGUUGUGCCUGAGGCUUGGGGUACUGUCAAGGAGGAGCUGGAGGCUGCGGGCGUUUCUGUUGUUUCUAUGUGCGAUCCAAUUGUCCAAGAGCUGGAGUCGAAUACCCACUAG